AUGGACAUGAGGGCCAGAGAGCUUGCAAGCCCUAGACAUGCUAGUAGCCUUGGGUACAUGAACAGAGAGCCCCUGCACUACCAGCUUCAGUGGUCUAGCAGUGCCCAUGGGCUCCAGGAAAGGGAAGAAGCUGCAGCAGAGUGUGUAUUUACCCGCCGAUCAUCUACAACAUUUGGGGGCUCGUCCAGGAUCUACAUACACUCCGAAGACCAUCAACCGCCGGGCCCAGUAAGUUUCGGCAGAACUGGGGUACCCGGAUCUUGGAAACGGUCUAGACCUCUUGAGCCCCGAGGGGAAGCGCGCCCGGGGUUAUGGGGCCCGCCGCCCGACCCUGAGGUACUGCGAACCUUCAGUGAACUAGAAUGGCCCACCUUCAACGUAGGGUGGCCCACUGAGGGGACCUUCGAUCUUCCCAUCUUAUAUGCAGUACAGAGAGUAGUAUACCAGGUACCUCAUCCGGACCAGAUGGUAAACAUCGACGUUUGGGUGGACAUAGCCACCGAGCGUCCAGGUUACAUCCGGCCAUGCCAGCCUGACCGGAGGAGGAUGCAGCGCAGUGUCUGUGUUGCGGCGAGGGGGGGUAGUAGAGCCUGCCGCCCGAGGGGACAGGGAACCCCGGUCCCGGGUUCACAGGGAGCCCCGGUCCCGGGUUCAGCUAAGGAAAAGCCUCUUUUAUACCCAGUUCUCUCCGAAGCCCCGGAGGACCCCCUGAUCGAGCCUACUGCGGCGCCACCCUACAAUCCUCCGCAACCAGAUUCCACCACAGGAGGUGACCUCAGGAGCCCGCCCCAUACCAGGGGCCGGACACCACGUGGGUUGCCUCAGCAGGGAGGCGCCGCCAUUCUGCCUCUCCGUGAGGUGCCGCCUGGCCCAGAUGCACCAGCACGGGCACCACCUCGACUAGUCUAUGUUCCUUUUUCAACCAGUGACCUGUAUAAUUGGAAACUCCAGAAUCCUCCUUUUUCUGAAAAACCCCAAGGCCUCAUUUCCCUUUUAAAAACCAUUUUCAGGACCCACCAGCCAACCUGGGAUGACUGCCAGCAGAUACUCCAGACCCUUUUCACCUCUGAGGAAAGGGACCGAAUUAUGAGAGAAGCAGCCAAGGCUGUGACGGGAGAAGAGAGGGGUACCGCAGAAGGGAGGAGGGAGGCUUUGCAACAGGUGCGACAGGAGAUACGAGUCCUACGCCACCAGCCUCCAGCUGAGACAACCCGAUAGCCAGCUCCACCUGAAC